CACACACACACACACACACACACACACACACACACACACACACUCAUUCCCUGCUAUGGGGCACAGUUCAAAAUGAUGAAAGCCUCUCGUGCAACAUGGCAGACAAAGCAAUCGGUUUAAAGACAUAUCAAAUAUAUAAUUGGUAGUAGCUCCAAAAAUGUAAUAAUUUCCUCUUUUACAAUUAGUGAAAAAGUCCAUAAUGUAGCACACUUAAUGAGUCACCAAAGUAAAUCAAAAAAAAAAAUGUUUGUUUGAUUUUCUUUUUCACAAUAUUGGCCAGCUUGUCCUUGUUCAUCCUUUCGCUGAGUGUCCUGGAGCUUUUGCCGGGACAGCUUGACUGCUGAACUGCGUUGGUUCACCCCUUAUGUUCCCAUGGUGUCUGUCUGACGCAUCAGGCUGGAGCCACGGCCAUAGAUCGGUCCGUUAAUAAACAUGAUCGCAUCGUUCUCCUUUUUAGAAAGCCCGUUUCUAUUUGCAGGCCCUGACCACCUCAGCACCCGUCAGCGGGUUCCCGAUCAAUACGCGCCUCCUGCUGCCUGCUCAAGGGCGUGUGAGCUUAUGCGUGUCUCAGAGAGACACUGCGGCUUUCCACUUUGGAGUUUUUGGUGUCUGUAUCAUCUCUUUUCUCCACGCAUCUCUCCCUUGCCUCAGGCCCAGCUGCGGGCGUUCAUCCCUGAGAUGCUGAAGUACUCGACGGGCCGAGGGAAGCCUGGCUGGGGUAAGGAGAGCUGCAAGCCAGUGUGGUGGCCAGAGGACAUCCCUUGGGCCAACGUCCGCAGUGACGUCCGCACGGAGGAGCAGAAACAGAGGGUGUCUUGGACGCAGGCGUUGCGGACCAUCGUGAAGAACUGCUACAAGCAGCAUGGCCGCGAGGAUCUGUUGUAUGCUUUUGAAGAUCAUGUAACCACGACAACCACCACCCAUCACCAUCUGACCACUGCGCAGAGUAUCGCUCACCUUGUGCCCCAACAAACUGUGGUACAGACCGUCAACAACCCUGACGGAACGGUCUCGCUCAUCCAGGUUGGCACAGGACACACAGUUGCCACCUUGGCAGAUGCCUCAGAGCUGCCCGGUGUGACGGUUGCGCAGGUCAACUACACCACCGUCACUGAUGGAGAGAUUUUCCCUCUGCAGGUGGAGCAGAACUGGGCCACCCUCCAGGGCGGCGAGAUGACAAUCCAAACUACUCAGGCCUCAGAGGCCACGCAGGCAGUAGCAUCCCUGGCAGAAGCCGCUGUAGCUGCCAGUCACGAAAUGCAUCACGGAGCCACAGUCACAAUGGCGCUUAACAGUGAGGCAGCAGCCCAUGCUGUAGCGACGUUGGCAGAGGCCACUCUACAAGGCGGAGGGCAGAUUGUCCUGGCAGAGACAGCAGCUGCUGUCGGGGCACUGGCAGGGGUUCAAGAUGCCACAGGUCUGGUCCAGAUCCCAGUCAGCAUGUACCAGACGGUAGUGACCAGCCUCGCCCACGGCAACCGGCCCGUCCAUGUGGCCAUGGCGCCCGUCUCCACGCGCAUAGACAACACCGUCACGUUAGACGGACAGGCGGUGGAGGUUGUGACCCUUGAACAGUGACAAUUAAGGCCCUGGAAGGAGUAGGAGGCACUGAACGAGAUCUGUUUAUCCUACUGGUUUCCAGCACAUCACUCUGUGUACAAUGUCAAAUAUAUUUUAAAUGUACAUCUGCAGGGGAAGUGAAAGUGAGUUAUCAAUGUGUUUACUAUGUAAAGAUAUUGCUUUUCGUUGGUGUAAUUUUUCUCUCAUUUAGCUUUGUGUUUUUUUUGUUGGUUUUUUUUUUUUAGCUCUGUGAUGUUGAGUAUUUAGUAUUUAUUUCUUUAAAACGAACAUUUACUUAAUACAAAGAUGAACCAAAAAGCCCGGGAGGAAAGCCACCACUGCUUCACCCACAGUGUGUAACUGUCACUGUUCUGGAUUUUCAUUAUCGUCUUAUGUGCUUGACUGUUUUUGUUUUUAGGAUGCAUUUACAAUUCGGUGCCAUUGUCGGAGAUCCCUCUUCUUCUGUUUCCCAUUAUCCUUAAUUACUAUUCUAAAAUUUCACUGUUUCCACCUCAACCCUCAAACUCCAGCAUCUGAGCUCCCAGGAAUUUCUCACAUUAGAUUAUGAAAUAUUAUGUUGAAUUACCAUGUUGUUGUGUGCUUUUCCCUGUGCUGUUUUAGUGUAGUCCAUGCACAUGCCAAGAUUUGUGAAGACUCAGGAUAUACAUUAAGCUGUUUUUUUACUGCUGGACUGCUGAGCUGUCUUCCUGAAGCAGCCAUUUUGUCGACCAGAUCCAUUUAUUUACAGUGCAUGGAUAGAGGCACCCCUUGCUAUGUUAUUUUUUUAACAUAAACGUGUAUGUUACUGAGGAGCUGUUGGUCUGCAUCACUUUGUAUAUCACAGGAAGUUCAUAUUCUUGGACAGGGGCUGCAUAUGCUAAUAUCAAAAAUCUUGCAACAUAAAAAAAAUUUGCUUGCUUGCCAAGAAUCAACUUGGUUUAAUGCAGCUGUAAUAGUUGGUUCAACUCACCACUAUUUCAAAAUGAAGUCCAAUAAAAUGACUUACUGUUCACCAUUCACUCCGUUUCUCUGGAUUAUUAGCACACCGUGUUAUGCCCUCGUCCAAGAGUCCCUCUGCUUAACGAGACACACUCCUUCAAACAGUCAAAGAAUGAUGGAAACAUCCAAUGAUGUACCACCAUUUAGUUUUGACAGUAUGAGAAAGAAGUAAAACUGAAAUGAAAUAAAGACCAUAAAGGAAAAAAUAUGUACAUUAAGCCUCAAUAAUAUACUUUGUUCUCGCCUCUGCUGCUUGCCGUAGAAAUUCUUCUCAUCAAAUCCAUCCUAGGCUGAUGGGAAGUCUGUAUCUAUGGAUACAGGAACCAACGGGCGAGUAUUCACGGAGACUUCCGCCAUGGAUGUGGUCAAGACUUCAUAUAGAUGAGCUUUGAUGGGCCAACCUUCAACAGCAUGCAAUGCAGGGUGCACCUCAUAAGUCCUUUCAGUCACUCCCUCCCUUAUGUGAUGCGUGCAGAGGGGCGAAGACCCAUCUACAGCCAUUGUUGUUCAGAUAACCUUCCACUUCCUUAUUGCUGCAGCUCUCUGCAGGCCCUAGCAAAAUAUGUACCACAAUA